AUGGUCAAGUCAUAUCAAAGGUUCGAGCAAGAAAGUGUGCUCGGUGUCAUUACUAGCAGCACAAAUUGUUUAUGGAUCCCUCCGCAAACGAGAAAUGGGUCGGGCCAAGUUUUGACCGGGGCUCUUGAAAAUAUUAACUGCUGGUCCAUGAAGUCCGGAGAGCUAUUGGGAACUCUAAGUGACGGGCUUCCGCCUGGUGCUGUGGAUGGAAAAACUACCAGGCCUGCCGAAUCCUCGUUUCUGCAAUAUCAACCAGAAACGAAUCUUUUGGCAGUGGGUUACGCCGAUGGUGUGAUUAAAGUGUGGGACCUGCUAUCGAAAUCUGUGCUGAUCAGUUUCAAUGGACACAAAUCUGCUGUCACAACUAUGAAAUUCGAUAAUACUGGUACCAGACUGAUUUCCGGAUCCAAGGACUCAGAUAUCGUAGUAUGGGAUCUGGUAGGCGAAGUUGGUUUGUUCAAAUUGCGUUCGCACAAAGACUCUGUAACAGGGCUGUGGUGUCAAGGUGAAGAAUGGUUGGUCAGCACAUCGAAAGAUGGACUUAUCAAGGUAUGGGACAUGAAAACGCGGCAAUGUGUUGAAACGCACAUGGCCCACGUUGGAGAAUGCUGGAGCUUGGGCGUCCAUGCCGAUUUGGCAAUCACUGCAGGCGCCGACAAUCAGCUUAAGCUCUGGGAACUGGAUUUCGAUGCGAAGCCAGGCAGUAUUCUAACGGAGAAGGGUACACAUGAAAAGCAGAGCAAGCAAAGGGGUGUGAAUAUCGAGUUUCUCAGCGUCAACGAGAACUCUGUUUUUUUUGUAGUACAAAAUGCUGAUAGAACUGCUGAAAUUUUUAGACUCAGGACGUCUGAAGAAAUUGCAAAGGCACUCAAGAAAAGAGAGAAAAGACUCACGGAAAAAGGUUUGAAUGAAUCAGAAAUAAAGCAAAAUCUGAAAGACUCUUACAGCUCGUUCGUGAUGCACCCAUUUCAAAUCUUAAGAUCAGCUUUCAGAAUAAAGGCAGUGUGCUGGGGCGCUGCAACAAGCUCCAAAUUGGAGCUUGUUGUUACCACAGCUAACAACAACAUUGACUAUUACUCCAUUCCUUACCAAAAACGUGAGGCAACUACACCAUCUCCGGCGAAGCUGUAUUCAAUCGACAUCAAAGGUCACCGCACUGAUGUUCGCGCGGUGGAUAUUAGUGACGAUGGAAAACUGCUAGCUUCCGCAUCGAACGGCCUUUUGAAGAUCUGGAACAUGAAAACCGAGAGUUGCAUCAGAACUUUUGAAUGUGGCUAUGCCUUAACCUGCAAAUUUCUUCCAGGAGGAGCCCUUGUAAUUUUGGGGACGAAGACAGGUGAACUGCAACUCUUCGACUUAGCCUCUUCAACGUUGCUGAGCACAGAGGCUGCUCAUACUGAUGCUAUCUGGUCUUUAGACAUUACCAGCGACGGAAGAAGACUUGUCACAGCAUCUGCCGACAAAACGGUUCGAUUUUGGGAGUUUCAGGCGGAGCAAGAGCGUAUUCCAGACUCUGCCAACAAGGUUGUUACUAAGUUGAAGCUUUUCCACGAUACUACGUUAGAACUUAACGACGACGUGUUAGCUGUAAAGAUUUCACCAGACGACAAGUUUUUUGCCGUGUCAUUGCUUGACAACACAGUGAAGGUGUUUUUCUUGGACUCCAAAAAAUUCUUUUUGAGUCUGUAUGGACACAAACUUCCAGUUUUAUCGAUUGACAUAUCAUAUGACUCGAAGCUUCUGAUUACUUCUUCUGCCGAUAAAAACAUCAAGAUCUGGGGUCUAGAUUUUGGUGACUGUCACAAAUCUUUAUUUGCUCACAAUGAUUCCAUUAUGAAAGUAUGUUUCGUGCCUGAGUCCCACAACUUUUUCAGCUGCAGCAAGGACACAUUGGUGAAAUACUGGGACGGUGAUAAAUUUGAGUGCAUUCAAAAACUUGCCGCGCAUCAAAAGGAGGUCUGGGCAUUAGCGGUCUCCUCUGACGCCAGAACUGUAGUUUCUGCUUCUCAUGACCAAAGCAUACGUGUUUGGUCCGAAACUGACGAUCAGGUGUUUCUGGAAGAAGAAAGAGAACGUGAAUCUGAGGAAACGUACGAGGAAACUUUAUUGACUUCACUGGAAGAUGGCAAUGGUGACGACAUGUUUCAAAAAGCUCAAGGCGAAAGCGAAGAAGGAAUAGAUAACGCGACUGAGGUUCACAAACAGACCACCGAAUCAUUAAAGGCAAGCGAAAGGUUGGUGGAUGCGUUGGAUCUCGGCAUGGCAGAGAUCAGAACCUUGGCAGAAUACGAAAAGGCUGUCAAAACCUGGGAAAAGAAAAAGUCAGGACCACCACCCGGAAUUCCACAACCCAACAGCAUACUACUAGCCGUUCAAAAAACCCCACUGGAGUACAUUAUGGACGUGCUUAUAAGAAUCAAGCCCUCUCAGCUAGAGGAUGCUUUACUUGUGCUCCCAUUUUCAUAUGUCUUCGACAUGCUCCAAUACAUAUACCUGGUUGUUGAGGACAAGAGUAUCAUGACAAGACGUUUGCCGCUAGUUUGUCGUAUUCUUUUCUUCCUCAUACGAUCAAAUCACCGUGAGCUUUUUUCACAGAAGAACGAGGAACUGAAAGUGCAGGUUGGUAAAAUCAGAUCUUCUCUGCGGAAUUCCAUUCAAAACAAAGCCGAUGAUUUGGGUUUCAACCUUCAAGGUUUAAAGUUUGUCAAGAACCAGUGGAAUAUGAAGCAUAAUUUUGACUUCACAGACGACGUCACCAAGACUGGCGGAGACAAGAGGGUCAAAAAGAGAGUUUUUGAAACUUUAGUAUAG